AUGUCAGACUACGCACUUGUCCGAACUCGUUCAGCUUUAGCCCUUUCGAGUUGCGCUCCUAUAGGUUUAACCCGCACGUAUUCAGUGCCUGAUUUGUACAGGCCUUCAUACUCAUCUUAUUACUACUAUCCCUACUACAGUUCGAGAUAUUGGACUGAUUCUUACUACAACUAUUCUUGGCCCUACACCUAUCGAAGCUAUUAUUCAUACCCUUAUAGUCGUUACUACUACCCUUAUGGCUAUUAUGGAUACUAUCCUUAUAGCUAUUAUAGCCGCUAUAGAAGCUACUUAUGGUACGAUCCUUACUAUGAUUCAUACUUGGGCAGUUAUCGCUAUCGGAGCUGGCUUCUCGACAGUAUCUAUUAUUGA